UCACGAAGACGCUUUGAGCGUCGGUUUCGAUAGAAAAAAGUGAAGCUUGAAGGAAGGGGCGCCAGGCGCGCGGCUCAGGGGGCCAGUAUUUUUUUUCGUUUUACGGUCGAGAGCCUUUUCGUGCGCUUUUUUUUGUUUUGGCCUCCCCUUUUUGUUUCGUAUAGAAUAUACUUUAAAUAAUAAACCGAUUCAGCGUCCGUCGGAGAAGAUGGCGGCGUCGGAAUCUAAGCCGGAUGAAUCUCCAGGAACAACGAAAAUCGAAGAUUUGCAUCGAUGCACCGAAAUGCCAGACAAGCGUCCUAACGAAUGUAACACCUACAACGGUCUCCGCGUCUUUUUCUACCUGCUCAGCAUCGCUAUUUUCGCUGCGACCCUCAUCACAGUUACUUUUGUGACGAUUCAACAUUGGAUCAAUGGACAUAAAUCAUGGUCUAUCUAUACACUUUGUUUGGCUGUUGUGCCAUCAUCCUUUUUGCAAAUGUUAAGUUUAAGAUGGUAUCAAAGUAAUGGAGAGUUAAAGUUUCAUCAAUGGAUUUCACAUAUAUUUCAAUUUGCUGUGAUACAUAGAUUCAGUACUUUACUUUAUUCAGUUUUCAAAUCAAUCAAAACCAAAAUGAAUGUAGAAGAGAAAGAUAGACAAUUGAGAUUGGAAAUUGAUGCUUUUACACUGAAUCUAUUUACAACCUUGUUAAUAUCAGUUCCUCAAAUUAUUCUACAAGUUUAUAUCAUGGCCAUAUUACAAUACUUAUCAUUUUGGACAAGUGCAUCGGUGAUUACAUCCCUUUGUUCGGUCACAUGGGCGCUAAGCGCUUAUGCACUGCUCACGAACAGAGCUAAUCAGGAUAAGUCUCAAUUUACCUGGUCGUCCAUGAUGAUACAAGGAUUCUGGAGAGGAGGAAUGCUCGCCGCCAGGAUCGCCGCUCUGGUCUUAGCUGCCAUAUGUUUCAAGACUUGGAUACUCGUUACUUUUGGAAUUCAUACUUUAGGAGUGACGGUGUGGAUUAUUCAACAACCUCCGAACUUCUGUAUAUCAACAUUCGAAGAGUUAGCGUUCAAAUGCUUAAUAGGCGUCGUUUACUUUUUCGAUUUCUUCAGAUUGACAGACAAUCGAAUUCGUUACAACGUUUGCGUCUUUUAUUCUGUGAUGAUUCUGCAGAAUGCUACAUUCUAUAUUGUCUACCUCGUGUCCUUCAAACAUCUUUUUCCGGCCAACGUACUAAUAGUAUCGACGGUCUUGAUCCUUGGAGGUACCUUCGUUGGCUCAGCGAGUAUGCUUAUGCAUUUGUGCAUGUUUCAAAACGUCAAAACCAUUAAACUUUGCAAGCGAGCUUGCGCUGAUCCCGAAUUAUCAUUAAAAGUGUCGCCGAGUAAGAGUAUCAGUAGAUCUCCGAAAAAGCUUAACAAUCAUAAUGCUGCAAACGACUCUGUGGAAAGUAUCGUUCCGGAUAUAACAGCAGACAAAACAUCUCUUUUGACCAAUAUCGUUCAAAAUACAGAGUCAAUGGAGAAAGGAAUUUUGAACACAAGCUUCAUGAAAAAUGACGAGACCAAUGUUACCGUUCAAGUAGUCGUUGAGGACAACAAGGUAACGAACGUUGACGUGUCAAUCGAAAAAUUACAGAAUCAAUCUACGGUGGACAAGGAUUCGUGUAGUAUCGACAUAUCGAUCGAAAAACUUGAUUCUAUCAUGAAUACAAAUACAGAUUCUCUUCACCGACAGAAACGUCGUGGUAUUUGCUCGGAAGUGGAAUUGGAUUUGAAGCCGGAUGAAAUGUGUACCUUUGAGUUGGAAACGCAAUUAUGCUCGCAAAAGCGUCGUGGUAUAUGUUCAUUGACCCAGCUUGGUCUCGAGCUGAUUACCGACGAAGAUAAUUACGUAGAGAAAAGCUUUUCUUCGCUCGAUAAGCUUAAGUCAAAUUCAGAACUUCCUAUCGAUAUUCCGGACAAGAGUAUAGAUACUGGGAUUCUUGAUUUACCAAUUAAGAGUCUCAUCACGGACAACAACUGUGAUCUUAUAAUUCCUGAAAGCAUCCUUGUUCGUGGUAGACUAAGUACCCCAGCAAUAUCUGAAAGUGAUGAUACUGCAGUCACAGCUCAGUUAUCAGACAAAUCGGAAGAAUCGCAGAAGCAGCUAGAAGAAGAGACUAUGAGCCAUGUAACAUCAAUUCACGAUUACGAAAAUCUUUGUCCUCUAGGAGUGGCGAGACCGCCUUGGUUUAUUCGAAGCUGGCAAGGCUAUACGGACAUUGAAACUUAUAUACACGACGAUAGCGUUGUUAGGGACAGGCGAAGAGAUACGUUAACGAGUACUGCCACCGGAACGACCGCCAGUUCCGACUUUUCCGAUGCUACUUACGCUAGUUUGAAGAAAAUUGUGAAGAGAUCAAGGCAAGAUGAUUACCUUGAUACGUUGAUCUAUGAUUUAGUGGACUGGGAAUCAUUAAGUAAUAAAGCGCUUGUUGAGGAAUCUUCAACGAUGACUUCUGAAUCCACCGAUGACUCUCACAGUCAAGAUCAGACGAAUUUGUUCUGUGCAAAACCAAUAGUCAUUGAUGAAAAAGGUGGUAUGUUGGCUCUCGAUACGAUCCUCGAGGAACGUGAGGAUCACAGUAGCUUUCCAGAGCUUCGAAUGGCCUUCAAUAACUCGAGCAAUACUUGUUCGGUGAGUUCGCUCGUGGCGACUAUUGACGAGAUUCGAAAGUGCACAGCCGAAAAUUCACCGAGGCAUGUGUAUCACAGAACCGAAUCUCAAUGGGAAGAUCUUGAACAAAAACAAGCUUUGUUGAUGAAACAAGCUCGACUCACCAAAGUUCUAUUUGCCAACGACUACAGUAACGUCACGUUUACUUAUUCCGAUCCCUGGGCUGGUUCUCUCGUUUCUGAUCGGAAUAACGACAAACUUAACUUCAUCCGUGAAAUGACUAAGUACUGCUUGAAAGAUUCGAGUGGCACAACGCCGUUAAUCAAUGCGAUACUGUCGGAUUCACCUAUUCUAAACCCAAAAGCGGAUACACAGAACUGCGUAAGUCAUGAAGUUAUCGAAGAAGAUAAUGUUUAUGUUGAUAUGAAUGCUCUUGGUGCUCAGAAAUGUAGUAGUGAAAGUCAUGCAAAUCAAACAAAUAGUUCACAAGAAACGAAAAAGGAUGUUUUAACACAAGUAAAUUUAGAUAUGAAAAAUAAUAUGGAUAACGAGGUAACAGAAAAGAAAGUCGCAUUUACACUCACAACAGAAAUCAUAAACGACGCAAUUGAGACAUGCUCGGAAAAAUCGGAUACAUCAUCCAAUAAAAAUUCUGAUACAACAAAAACUCCUUUUAGUAUCGAUAAGCGACGACGAGCAAUCAAUCGUCCUCGGCGAAAAUUUUCAAUACUGCGAGAACGUUUUGAACCUAAAUUAAAUGAUCAGUUAGUGAGUAUGGUCGCUCCUCCUCUACACAAUAAAAUUAAUUCAAAUAGGCAGCAGUUAAAUUCUUUGAACAAGAGAAUUUCCGUUAUCUUUAAUGAUCAAGACGUCUUUGAUUCAUCUCUUAAUUAUGACAAACAAAAUUUAACUGCAAAAUCUUCGCCAUCUGUUGUAGAUAGUAAAAACAAACUUUCCGAUACUUUUAAGGAAAAACGAAGUAUUUUCUUGAAACAAGUUUUAUCACCCCCUAGAUUUCAGGGCUGGGGUAGAAAAAGAACAUUCAGUCCAAAUGCUAAAAUUAUCUCUAAGGCUCGAUAAUCAACACCUUCUAUGUAAGUUAUACUUCAUUGUACGCACAACUUACAAAUGCCUUUUAAAUGCGUUAAAAAAGAUUUGUUUAUUACAACGUCUACAGUCACUCAAUAUUAAUAAAACCAUUUCUGUAGUACUUUGUUCUACAGAUAAUCGUAUGGGCUUCCAUAAGUUUUGGUUGUGAUCGCGUUAUGUUUUUAAACAUAAACUUUAUUGUACAUUGAGUAUUUUUUUCAUACUAUGAAUAUUUUUAUUAUCUAAGUUAUAAGUUUUGUAGAAAAGUUUAUCGAUAUAAGUUUGCAAAAAUUUAAUGACAACGAAGUAGUUUUAUACGUUUUAUUCCUUAUAAUCAAUUUAUUUAGAUAUGCACUAACUCGAGAUAAUUUCAAAAUAUUUGUUCAUUUUCAUGAAUACUUUUUCAAAUUAGAAAGAAACUAAAAGUAUUACAAAUGUAUUUUCAAACUGUUAUUAUAUCGACUUUGCGGCCAGUCUAUUUCACCAAUGUUAAGUGGCACUAUUUCAAACUUGUGUAAAUAACUAUUAUUUAGCUAUUUUUAUAGUGCUUAAAACUCUGCAAACUUAUUACUAAUUUGUGCAUUCAUUAUUUUGAUGAAAAAUUCACAUAAGGUUUCUUAUUCAGUAUUUUAAUAUUCUAUUAGAAUA